GGGCGGAAAAGCCCUAUUUGUCCUCACUGUUCCAGGAUAAUAUCAAGAAGGCGGAAAAGUCAUUUUUGUCCUUGAUCUUCUCUGUGUAUCCAAAUGAUCGGGGACUCGGGGUUGGUAUUCGGUGGCUUUACAUCAACAUCAACAAAACCCAAAGAAGAGAGCAGAGAGAAAAGAGGCAUAGAAGAGGAGAAAGGAGAAGAUCUGUGAGCUCUGGAAAUAAGAGAGAAGAAGGAAAAGACCAUCAAGAUCAACAAAAGCGAAAGAAGAGAGCAGAGAGAAAAGAGGAAUAUAAGAGGCGAAAGCAGGAGAUGUGUGUGCUCUGGAAAGAAGAGAGAAGAAAGAAAAGACCGGUUGCAAGAAUUUAUGCAAAAGAGUCUAAACAUCAUUUGGCUGCCACUAUUCCUUGGUCUACUGUUUCACGUUGUCUGCAUCUUUCAUUCUUAUUCAGUUUUUCCUUUAUGUUAAUUUUGCAGAGCUUUGGGACAGUGUGCACUCAGGUUGUUGUAAUGUUUUGGAUUGAGCGUUGGACAGGUAUAACGAUCGGGUCAUUUUCGUCCUUGCAUUUCUCAGUCUUGGAUAACGAUCGGGCUGCGAUUCAGUGGCUUACAAACAAUUUCAGUUCUGUCCAGGCGAAAGAAGAGAGAGGAGAAGAUCUAUUGCAAGAGGAAAGGAGGAGAUCUAUCGGGUCUGCAAAGAGGGAUAGAAGAGAGGAAAGGAGAAGAUCUAUUGGGUCUGGGAUCGAAAAAAGCGAAAAAAGAGAGUGGAAAGAAAAAACCGGUUGCAAAGAAUUUUAUCAUCAGAUACUUCCCAAGGCUUUAGCACAUUUCUUUCAAUCGAAGUUUCUGGUCAUAACUUGGUCAGGGCUUAGGCUGUGGAGAGUGAGGGAGAUAGCUCCUUUAAGAGAUUUUAUGCAAAAGAAUCUUAGCAUCGUUUUGCUGCUGCUGUUCCUUUGUCUAUCGAUCAGUGUUAUCUUGCUUUUUUAUUGUUAUUCAGAAUUUAGGAACAGUUUGCAGGCAGAUUCUUCAGUUGUCUUGCAUUGAGGUCUGCUGUAGGAAAACUGAGGCAACGAUUAGGGAUUCCGCAGACAUUGAAUCGACAUCACUGUUGACU